UUGUUAGAGGAGCGUUGCAUUGAUGUGUUUUCAGCACAGUCUUUAAUAGAGUAUUUAUGAAGUGACUCAGAGACAAAACCAGACGCUCUGCACUAAAGCAAAGCUACAUUGAAGCUCAGUAUGGCAGCCUUGGCUGUGUGGAUACUCUUCAUGUGCACAGUCUUCACUGAGUCAGAGGCUCAGGACUGUGGAGUGGCACCUCUGAACACCAGGAUAGUGGGAGGUGUGAAUGCCUCAGCUGGUUCAUGGCCAUGGCAGGUCAGCAUCCACUACAAUGGAGCUCACAUAUGUGGAGGGACUCUGAUCAGUGACCAGUGGGUCCUCACAGCAGCCCACUGCAUCAUAACGAGCACGCUUGAUUUAUGGACUCUCUACUUUGGAAUAGUGACUCAGAGUGGCCCAAAUCCAAACCAAGUCACUCGCACCGUGUCUCAAACCAUAGUUAAUUCUAAUUACAACAACCCAAAGUUCAACAAUGACAUCGCCCUCAUGAAGCUCAGCAGCUCUAUCACCAUUAAUAACUACAUCCGUCCUAUCUGCCUGGCCGGUAACUCCAGCCAGUUCUACAGCUCCACCCCCUGCUGGGCCACAGGCUGGGGGCGACUGAGAAGUGAUCAACCACUGGUUGCUUAUAACAUCCUUCAGGAGGUUCAGAUUCCUGUUGUUGGACCCAAAGAGUGCAGCUGUGAUUACACACAAGACGUAAACAUCACUGACCAGAUGAUUUGUGCUGGACAGCCAAACAAGGGAACCUGCCAGGGAGACUCUGGUGGACCUCUGCAAUGCAAACAAGGCUCAGUGUGGGUCCAGGCUGGCAUCUCCAGCUUUGGACCCCAGCCCUGUGCUCUGGCUGGUUAUCCUAGCGGUUUUGCUCGAGUGUCUGCAUUCCAGUCCUGGAUCACGAACCAAGUGUUUGGGACCAAUGUUGGCUUUGUGACAUUUAACUCUAGUGGCAUUAACCAGGACGACAGCUAUGUGUGUUCAAGUACAACAGCAAAUCAGAAUCAGACUUCAACUACGACUCAGAAGCAGACUUCUGCUUCUGAGACUACAACAACAAGCUCCGCCACUGUACCAGAACUGUCAUUUACUCUAAUUUCAGCAAUUUGUGCUCUUUUCACACAAAACUAGAAAGUAAAUAUAUUCAAAGAUUGCUACUGCUUUAGGAACAUGAAGCAUGAUCACCCCAACUAUUAUCGUAUGGAUAUAAACAAUAAUUAUGGUUCAUUUUGAUCAUCUUCAUCUUCACUUAGUAAAAUGUGACUUCUCUGACUUAACUGUCGUUACUAGAAGAACCUGCUUCAUAUCAGCAGCUUCUGCCGUUUGAUGUGUAAUUUCCUCCACUUAGUGUACUGUAGUUUUCUUUAAGCUCUAAGUAUUUUGCACGUUUUGUGAAAAUUUUAUAGCUUAUCAGUAGCUAUAAAUUAGUAUCUUUACACAAAUUAAUAUUUGUAAAAAUCUUGAAUUAAAAAAAUGCACUAGAUGACAUGUUAAUAUUAUUAAACAAUCAAUAUAGAUAAAUAUAAAAAAGGCUGGAACAAAGCCGCACACACCAUAUAAAAAACAAAAAGACGCUUUCUGUCACCUGGUUCAGACUGUUUCUGUGUCCUGCACAAUAAACGUUAUCUUUUGGAACGA